GGGGGGGGGGGCGAAUUAUGCAAUUAGUUCCAAGACGAACCAGAGAAACAGAAACAAAGAGUAUGUUUGAAUACAUUAGGCCGCAGAACUGACUGGAGUUUUUAGAAGUUUUGAGACAGAGAGAGAGAGAGAGCUGAAAAUGGAGUUUUUCACAUGCCCUUUGUGCCACCGAUUCCUCCCCUCCCACAAAAUUGAGAGGCAUGUAGAUGAUCAUUUUACUGAUGAAGAAUUGUCCAGGGACUUGUUGUUGGCCCAAGAGGUUGUGCAUGCUCCACCAUCUCCUCCUCCUCCUCCUCUUUCUCUUCAAGUAUCUUUUCCUCUAACUCCUUCCCUUUUAAUGUAAAUCUGCACGCUCUGUGAAUCGCUUCACCUUAUUGCUGUGUUACUUUGAAACGGACUUACAAUAACAUCAUUGGUGGGAAUGAGUGUUCAAUGUUAUGGUUACCUUUUUGUUGGAUGUGUAUAUUAUAAGUUGGGAUGAGUAGGAUUUUCAAAUGGGAUUGUUGCAUUAUGGCAUAUAACAACUUGUUAAGAACUAAUUUUGGGAUCCGGAUGGAUUGCAUUUGUCCUGAAAUCCAUGUUUAAAUGUUACAUUUUGAAUUGUCGUUGUACUUUUUGUUUCACAACUUCCAAUCCAUAAAGUUAGAUAAGGGGUAAAAAUUGAUAUGUAUUUUUGAAAAAGCUGUGUGAAUUAUAAAGUCAAAAUAUCCGGAAUCCACAUACAUAUUUCAAUGAACCGCAAAUGCAACCAUAGCUUUUUGAAGGAUUCUCUUUUAAGAUUCACCAAUGAAUAUGGAUAUCAUUCAUUGUUUCUUGCAGUUUGAUGCAUUUGCUAGCCAAUUUUUAAUUUGUUGAGCUUGUGACGAUGUUAGGUUGAUAGCCGUAGAGGCGCGUCUAGCAGCAGCAGUACCUAUGGAGGAGGUAUAGAUAUUGAUUCGAAAUUCGCUUCGUUGAUCAGUUUGCAAACUAAAGAGAUCCUUUAUCAAGUUAAAGGUGAAAAUGGUUUGAUGACUUGUUUGAAAGAUUGUUUGACCUUCGAGUCUGAAAAAGAUGCCACUAGUAUAUUAUCGGGUUACAUCGAUCAUUUCCAAUGUCGAGAAUCUGAAGAUGUUGGCUGGGGUUGCGGGUGGCGAAAUAUCCAGAUGCUUAGCUCACAUUUGAUAAAACAAAGACAAGAGGCAAGAGAGGUUUUGUUUGGCGGUGCGGGAUUCGUGCCCGAUAUUCCUUCCUUGCAAAGGUGGCUUGAAAUUGCGUGGGAACUAGGUUUUGAUACACAAGGUUCUAAUGACUUCAAUAAUAAAAUUUACGGCAAAAGAAACUGGAUUGGAACCACCGAGUGUGCUGCGCUUCUUCGUUCUUUUGGUCUGCGUGCAAUGGUAGUGGAUUUCUGUGGUGAAGAGACCAACACGGGAGGCUCAGCUAAUAAAAUGUUGGUGAAUAAAAAUGUAAGCAAAAGGAAAUUAGCACAAAUUCACGGACCAAUGGACAGGUUUUUGUUUAAAGAAGAUCAGAAAGAAAGUUUUAAACAUUUAAGCAGUGAUGCUGGGAAGAAGGUUAAAGGUCCUGAGGUUAUUAUAGAGUGGGUGUGGAACUAUUUCUCUAAUAAUAAUUCCACUAAACUUGGUAGUAAGCGUGUUAUUCUCAGCGAGAAAGCACCCUUGUAUUUUCAAGAAGAUGGUCACUCGAGAACUAUUGUCGGAAUUCAAGCUGUUCUCAAGAGUAACAAAAUGCAUCAAUACAAUCUACUGAUCUUAGACCCAGGUCAUCAAACGGAAGCUUUGGAGAAAUCCAUGAAGCAAAACUUUGGGUGGCAGAAACUGAUAAAGAGAGGAAUUCACACACUGAAGAAGCACCAAUAUCAGCUAUGUUUUAUUGAGCCUGGAAUAGCACGUGGAGAAGAGAUCGAGAGGCUAAAGAUUUUGCGCGGCAUUCAUCACGAAAUCUAGGUCAAGUGUUGAGUUGUCUGUUUAUCUAAUCAAUUUAUCCCAGAUGGAAGACCCUAAUUUUGGGUUAUGAGGCAUUUUUAUCCUGGUUGCCUGGUAUAUAACUCUACUUCUUCUAGCUUACUAUUAGAAGUUAGUGUAAUGAAGUCUCUUGAAGAACUGAAUUAUCACCGUUAAUUGCUGUGCAAUUUGCUUCUGGAAUAGAUCAAUCCUUCUUCAUGGACUGGAGUUUGUAGAGUUUAGAAUAAACCCCUUCUUCUGAUGCUGUUACUAGAGAAGAGUGUGAUCCCAUUUCAACAACCCUACCUCGGUCCAUGACAACUAUGAGAUCAGACUUUAUGACUGUGGAAAGCCUGUGUGCUACUGUGAGUUGUGUCAUCUUAGCAUUAUUCAUUACGUUCGGUAACUCAAGUGCUGUCACCACGGCUCUUUCUGACUCUGCAUCUAGUGCACUUGUUGCUUCAUCUAGUAGCAUAACGGCCGGUUUCUUCAAAAGAGCCCUCGCAAUUGCUACCCGCUGCUUCUGUCCUCCAGAAAGUUGGCAUCCUUUUUCACCAACCACAGUAUUGUAUCCGUCAGGCAAGGUGCAUAUGAAUUCAUGAAUAUUAACUUUUCUGGACACAUCAACAAUCUCAGCCUCCGAGGCGCCUGGGUUCCCAUAGCAGAUAUUUUCUCUAAUUGAGAAACUAAAUAAUAGUGGCUCCUGUUGCACCAACCCAAUCUGUGACCUUAACAUCCGUAAAUUGUAGUCCUUAAUGUUUUUGCCACCAACCAGAAUUGUCCCAUCAUUUGCAUCGUAGAAUCUUAGCAGUAGUGCUAUAACAGAAGAUUUGCCAGCUCCACUUGGACCAACCAGAGCCACCUUUGAUCCGGCUUCAAUUUUUAAAUUCAAGUUAUUUAGUACUUUCAUCUCUGGUCUGGAUGGAUACUUGAAACAGACAUUGUGGAACUCGAUUUCCCCCUUGAUUCUGUUGUCAAAUGGUGCAUCAUUCUCUAGUUUUUUGUCUGGCUCAAUUUGGGUUUGCCGAUCAAAAGUUUCAAAAACAGGUGUUAGUAUGCUAAUAGCAGAUAACACUGUGGGUAUGAGUGUCCAAAGUUCUGUGAUGGAUGGCACCGUGAGCGAGAAAAUCUGAUAUGAUCGAAUUCCAUCCUCGAAUGUUGCUUGCCUUCUUUGAACCAGAAGAGUAGUGUACCAUAAGGCCACAGCAUGGGCGAUAUUCCAUAAACAAAUGGCCACGCCUUGAAUGAUUCCGUAUUUAAUGCUUUCUUUCCUGCCUUGUUUUAAUGGUUUCUUCAACGACAAUUUGGCCUUCUGGAGAAUGUGUUCUUCAUGGCAAAAGGAAGCAACCGUUUUGAUGUUUGUUGCAGAUUCUGAAGCUAGGGCAACCAGUUCUGAAUGGGCUGCAGUGCUGUCACUUGCAAAUCCUUUUGCGGAUUUUGCUUGUAUCAGGCCACCGAUGAAAUGGCAAGGCAUCACUGCCCAUGCCACCAGACCCAUUCUCCAGUUGACUUUCAUGCUGACAGUUGUUGCAAUCAAGAUAGAAGAGAUGCAUUGGACAAUGACAGACAUCCGGUCAGAAAUUAUUGUCUUGACCAUCGAUGUUUCAGUAAUUAUACGAGAUGUCAGGGAGCCGACAUUGUUUUCAGGCUUCUCAAACCAUGCUAAUUCAUUGCAUAGCGUGGCUACAAAAUGAAGAUUUUUCUUUAGUUAUUUAUUCAGGAGAAAGGCAGCAAGAUUGAUGGUGGAGUGGUCUAUAGAAACGAAAGACAAUCAAUAUUAUUAAUUACCUGAGUAUAAAGCUUGCCGGAGAUUUGUCAUGGCCUUCUCUCCCACUGUUCCAAACAAGUAAUGCUGCACAGUAUGGGCAAACAAUGACAGUAUCCCAAUUGAUGAGAAGAUUAACGAAUACCAUCCAACCCUCUGCUCGGCUUUAGGAUGGAAAUAUGCUACUCCUAUGGUAACGAUGAAGUAUCCAAACACAGGUUUGGAGACGCCAGCAAAGGCUGAUGAAAUAGAUCCAAUAAAUAUCUUACCGAACUCUUUCUUGUUUAAUCCAAACCAGAUUCUGAAGAAUAUUGGAAUUUCUUUAGUUUCUUUAUCCUCCUGCCCCUCAGGGGUCUUUCCGAGAUCAUGGUUCUGCAAUGUUGUCUCUUUAUGUUCCUUUGGUGUCUCAGAUGAACUUUCCUGCUCGAUUCCCUUAGUUUCUUUGGUGGAACUUUCUGGUCUGUGGAUAACCAGGGAAAAGGGAUCUUAAAUGAACAGAGAUAAUGUUUAGAAACUCAGGCAUCUGCCCUUUUUUCUUUUUCUUUCUUUUUUUUUUUCUUCCCUCAAUGAAUUGUUUAUGCAUAUACAGUUUACCUACCUCGUCUCAUUUUCUUGGUAGAUAUUCUGCAUUGUGAAUAAUUUGUGGUAGAAUUUGCUGGUUUCCAACAGGGAGUUGUGUGAUCCUGUCUCAGUAACCUUUCCAUUCUCUACAAUGGCAAUCAUGUCUGCAUUGACAAUGGUUGACAUUCUGUGCGCGAUUAAGAUCACUGUCCUCCCUUGCAUUGCAGUCUCAAGUGCGUCUUGAACUACUCUCUCUGAUUCUGAAUCAAGUGCGCUGGUUGCCUCGUCGAGCAAAAGAAUAGGAGGGUUCUUUAUAAUGGCUCUUGCUAUUGCAAUUCUUUGUUUCUGUCCCCCUGACAUCUGGACACCCCGUUGCCCUACCUGCAUGUGGGAUCAAGCCAAUCAUAGUGUCGAUUUGGGAUUUGUAAGCUUCCCCAAUGAAAGAUCAAAUGUGAAUUUAGAAGAAGGAUUGAGGUUACCCACGGGGCAUGGUUAUAAUGAUGACCAAGAAAAUAUAUUUGUACAGAACUAUUUUGGUAUCAACCUUGCCAUCAAUAAAGUUGGAAAAUUCACCAGUAAUUCCUUUUCAAUCUACCACUUGUCAUUUAUUUACUUUUCGUAUGAUUCUUAGCUCCAUUCAUCUCAUCAGUGUUUAUCAUUUGUUACUACACUAGCAGUGGCCUGGCGUUUUAAAUGUCCCUAGGAUUUCAUUUUAAGACCACCACCCACACCACCACCACC